AUGAUAGCAGAAUUAAUAAACUAAAAGAUUUUACACAAAAUUGUUUUAGUCCCAUGUGGUAAUAGAAAAGAUAAAUAAUUAACUGAUGGAUUUCAUAGAUAUAAAAUGCUAUAAUUGAUUGUAGAAAGUAUUUGAAUAUAUAAAGAACUUAAGAUCAAUUUCAAAAUUUAGAUUAAAUUGUUAUUGAUGAUUAUGAAGUAUAAAAUGGAUAAUUAGUACCCACUUAUUUUAUGCUAUAAAAAAUGAGAGAAAAAUAUUAAAAUGUGUAUUUUGUAAUAGGCAGUGAUUUAUUAAAUGGCUUAAACAAAUGGGUUGAAGGUUCAAAAUUAAUUGCAGAAACUAAUUUUAUCAUCCUCAAUAGAAAUUCACAUAAAAUCGAUUAAAUUACAAAUUUACCUCCACAUUAUGAACUUGUAUAAGAUUUUGAAUAUGGAAUUAGUUCAACUGAAAUUAGGAAAAGAAUAAAAAAUGCAAAAACUAAAUAUUUUGAUUGUUUAGGUAUACUAACUCCAGAAAUUAUAGAUUAUAUUAAAAUAAAUAAUUUAUAUUAAGAAUGA